GCAGCCUGUCUCUCUCCCCCCCGACCCCAGCAUGCGUUUGCGCCUCUCCGAUCGCGUCGGCUUUGCUGAGGGAAAUGGGAAAACGCCGUUUAAUCCGCCGCAAAGCCGGAGCCGCCGGGGCGCUGCUGGCUCUGUGCGCCCUGCUCUCAGGCUGUGUCGCAGGAGAAGAUGAGGUAUUGGAGAAAAGGCAACUUUCCGAACUAUACAACAAAGGCGUCUUCAUCCUGGAGAGCGUCCAGCUGAAGCGCUGCAUCCGCCUGGACCGCACCAACCUGGUGCUGGAGAGCUGCGAGAGGCCCACCCGAGGCAUGCUCUGGAAGUGGGUCUCUCGGCACCGCCUCUUCAACCUGGGCGGCAGCCUGUGCCUGGGCCUCAACACCAGCGACGCACUGCAGCCGCUGGGCACCUUCCAGUGCGACGCGCCCCUCCGCACCCUGUGGUGGCGCUGCAGUGGGGACACUCUUUUUGGAGCCUCCCAGUUCAGGCUGGCCGUCACGGGCCGCCUGGUGGUGGCCAAAAGGACUGCGUACCACCAGUGGAGGAGGUACUUCACCACUGGCGAAGGGCCCUGCGCUAACCCCUAUGAAGAGAUCCACACGUUGUUGGGCAACGCCCAGGGGAUGCCCUGUGCCCUGCCAUUCAAGUACAACAGCAAGUGGUACCCAGAAUGCACCAGUGAGGGCCGUGAGGAUCACCACCGCUGGUGUGCCACCACUAGCAGAUACGACCAGGAUGAGAAGUGGGGGUUCUGCCCAAGUACAGAGUCGGGCUGCGACACGUUCUGGGACCAGAAUGCAGAGACACGGGCGUGCUAUCAGUUCAACCUGUACAGCAUCAUGACCUGGGUGCAGGCGCACUCAUCCUGCCGGGCGCAGGGUGGGGGGCUCCUCAGCAUCACCGAUCUCACGGAGCAGAAAUACAUCAGAGACAGGCUGAACGACGUGGGUGUGGUGGUGUGGAUCGGCCUGAAUCACCUAGACGAGAACGCCGGCUGGAACUGGUCCGAUGGCGCUCCCUUGGCAUUGGUCAACUUCACGGAAGGCAUCACAGCGCCGUCUCGCCACGAGAGACAGUGUGGGGUUUACAACUCCACCUCUGGCCACCCAUGGCAGAGCCUGUCCUGUGAGUCGGCGCUGCCCUACAUCUGUAAGAAGACACCCAAUGACAGCAGGAGGGCGGAACCCUUCGGUAACUGGCAGCACUAUGGCACAGUGUGUCCCGAAGGCUGGACUCCCCAGAACCGCUUCUGCUACAAGGUCCUGGAGGAACCGCAGAGCUGGCCGGAUGCUUCCGCCUCGUGUCGGUCACUGGGAGCCAAUCUGACCAGCGUGCACUCCCUGGCGGACGUCGAGCUCCUGCUGGGACUCCUCACUAACCAAUCAUCCCUGGAGGCUUGGAUCGGCCUGAGGAGCGAGACCUCGGUGGUCUUCGAGUGGUCCGACGGCACGCCCACGUCCGUCACGUUCUGGCACAGGCACGAGCCUGACCUCCGGCAAGGCCGCGGGCCGCUCUGCGCCAAGACGCACCGGGAGCACGGAAACUGGCUGCUGGCUCCCUGUGGGGCGAAGCUGCCGUCGGUGUGCCGGAAGCUGGGUCUCAUCCCCAUCAGGGAAGCCGGGGCGGCAGACAAAGGAUGUGCCCAGGGCUGGAAACGGAGACGUCACUUCUGCUACAAGGUGAGCCGUCACCAGCAGAGCUACGAGGACGCCAUGAAGGGGUAUUACUGUGGCGCCGCCCUGGUGACGGUGAUGAAUAGGUUUGAACAAGCCUUCCUGAACAGCCUAAUAAACACCCUGAGCAUGAACUCCUCUCAGUACUACUGGACCGCCCUACAGGACCGCAACAGAAGCGGCGAAUACAGCUGGCUGGCACAGAAUGGGUGGGGCAAGCCGCUGCUCUACACGAACUGGAACAGACACCAGCCAGUCAGCGCCGGCGGCUGUGUGGCGCUCACAGGCGGUCAGGCUCUCGGCCGCUGGGAGGUCAAGGACUGCAAAUCCCACAAGGCCCUGUCGAUAUGCAAGCAGAGGAUUGGCAGUCGCCAGGAGACCCAGGAGUCCACGGUGCACAUCAACGGUUCUGCCCCUUGCCCAACCGGCUGGCACAGCAAACCCGGACUGCUUCACUGUUACAAGGUGUUUCAUAGUGAGAAGAUCCUGAUGAAGCGCUCCUGGACCGAGGCAGACUUCUUCUGCCAGGCUCUGGGGGCAAACCUGGCCAGCUUCCGGCAUUACAACGAAGAAGCCUUUGUCAAGGAGACACUGGGGACGAUGUUCACUGGGAUGCAAGGGCGUUCGUUCUGGGUGGGAUUCAACAAGAGGAGCCCCUGGACCUUUGGGAGCUGGGAGUGGUCCGAUGGGACGCCUGUGGUGACCUCCUUCAUAGAGGACAAAAACAGUGAGGAUGAUGAGCACAACUGUGCCGUCUUCACCGAUUCGGACAGCCUGCUGGUCCCUCAGCCGUGUGACAGCAAACAUGAGUGGAUCUGUAAGGUCCCCAGAGGUGCGGAGCUGACCAAACCAUAUUGGUACACCGAGCAGCAUCAGGCCUGGGUAUUCUUCAGAGGUGCCGAGUAUUAUUUUGACCAGCAGCCGUUCCCGUGGAACGCCGUCUCCUUCGCCUGCAAUCUGAUGGGCGCCAACCUGGCCUCCAUACACUCCUUGGAGGAGUUGAACUUCAUCAAGGAGCGGAUGGAGAUGGACAAGGAUCCCUCCCAGUGGUGGAUUGGACUGUCAUCAGACACCAUUAACGAAGAGUACAGCUGGAGCGAUGGCGCCCAACUGCAGUUCCAGAACUGGCCACAAGCAGAGCCGCAGAAACCUUCACCACAGAGUGACGUCUGCGUCUCCAUGUCCUCACAAACAGGAAAGUGGUCAGGUGACCAGUGUGGCGAUCGCCACGGCUACGUGUGCAAGCGCAGGAUUCUGUCGGUGCUGGAGAUCCCCCGCCAGCCGCACUACAUCGGGGGUUGCCCGGAGAAGUGGCUGUACUUUGGGCACAAGUGCCUCUUUCUGCAUCUGCCAAAGCACCCAGAGGAGGGUAAGACGUGGCAGGAGUCCCAGACGAUUUGUUCCUCGUCCCAGGGCUCGCUGGUCACCAUAGAAGAUGAGAUUGAGCAAGCUUACAUUACAAUGCUGCUACCUGGUAGCACGGCCGAUGUUUGGAUUGGACUGCAAGAUGACGACCACUGGGUCAACGGGAAAUCUCUCACUUACACCAACUGGUCUCCUGUUGACCAGGAGAGUGCUAUCUCUGACUAUUAUGGGCCAGGUGAUGGCAAAGAGCCACUCUGCACGCUGCUGUCCAACAACCACAACUUCCACUUCACCGGCAAGUGGUACAGCGAGAAAUGCUCGGCAACCGGCUACGGGUUCGUGUGCCAGAAGCCGCAAGACCCAACUAAACCCCCAUCCCAGUCCUAUUUCCACCCUUUCCCCGACCCUAUCGAGUAUGAGAACCGCAGCUACAGGGUCGUCCGGGGCAACCUGAGCUGGUACGAGGCUCUGAAUAGAUGCUUGGAGAGAGAAACCCAGUUAGCUAGCAUCACAGACCCCCACCACCAGGCUUUCCUUACUGUCCUCGUGAAUAAAUUGGCACUGCCCCACUGGAUCGGACUCUACAGCCAAGACGACGGCAUCAGCUACCGCUGGUCCGAUGACAGCGACACAGCCUUCAUGCACUGGGACUCGGGGGACGAUGAGGACGAGGACACGCUGGGUGACUGCGUUUACAUGGACAUCACCGGUGCCUGGAAGAGGGCCGACUGCGAGGAGACGCUGCAGGGGGCCUUGUGCCAGGCACCCCCCCCCAAAAGCAACGUGGUGUCAUAUGAGGUGACCUGCCCCGACAGGUGGAUUAAAUUUAAGAACAGCUGUUACAGCUUUGAGCCCAUAAUGCAGAGACAGAGUCUGGAGGAGGCUAGAGAGCGCUGCAGGCAUACAGCAAAGUCCUCGGACCUACUGACGGUUAAGAGUGAGGAGGAGAAUCGGUUUGUCCUGGAGAAGCUGAAAUCCUAUGCCCUGCCGCACCAAACGGUCUGGCUGGCAAUACUCUACGACGCCAACGUCCCUGCCCUCUCAUGGUUUGAUGGCUCCGCCAUCCUGUACUCAAACUGGCACUUCAAAGCCCCCAGUGUCGAGCAGCUCUCCUCUGACACUUGCGUCUCCAUGAGGGCGUCCGACAGCGUCUGGCAUCUGUCCCACUGCGGUGACAAGCUGGGCUUCGUCUGCAAAAUCACGGCAGAUGCAGUUAAUGAAGUAGAAGUUGAACCGCUUAAUGGGCUGCACCAUGGUGUUAUUCCUGCCGCCGCCCUGGUGGCCAUCUUGAUAUUUGCCCUCCUUGUUGUAUCGCUGUGGUGCGUGUACAAGAGGAAUGGGGCACGCUUCCGCAGAUUCCCAUUCCUCGGGAGCGCAUAUUACCGGCAAGCCAGCUCGCAGGCCGUGGACUCUGACGUGCUCAUAACAGACCUUGAAGGCAACCCCAGCGAAUAGGGGUUCAUCUCAGAGAGCCCUGUACCCGGCAUGAGGGGAGCACAAGGGACUUCAAAACCCCCCAGAGGGGAUUAAUACUCAGCUGAAGGAUGUAUUAACAAGUUGUUUACUUGCAUAUUUGCGCAUACAGAAAUGGGGAAGGGACUGCCGCGUGUGGAAUUUCCGUUUAUUUUAUUACGUGUUUCGUUGUCGAUUUCUGGUAACAAUGUUUUAAUGCCAAGAAUAUGAUUAUGCCUAGAAUAUAUAUUACCGGAGAGCUUGGCAUCAGGAUAAAGGUGUGUGUGUGUGGUGCGCAUGCACCUGUAUCUUUUCGCUCUUGUUUGCUUAACUGUCAUUACGGUCUCGUCAAACACAAACAUGGAUAAAUACAUCUGCAUAAUCGCAGUGAACCCCAGUCCGCGGAGUGAGUGCUGAGUUGGAGUCCUGUCGACUCAGGUUAGCCUCCACAGGCACGUCUCAUUCUGACUGUGGGAGCUUGUGAUUUAGACAGAAAUUUCCUAAAAAAGAUACAGACGUGUGGUGUUUUUUAAUGCAGGACAUUAUUGGUAAAGAAUACCAGGCAGUUUUGUUUAAUUGGUAAAUAUCCUAUAAUAUGCAAAGAAUGUAAAAACAACAAAAGGUAGACUAGGUUGAAUUUUAUUUUAAUACUGUGUUUGUUGUGCAUAUAUUAAGGUACGUUCUAGUUUUUAAAUAUGUACAGAGAACUAUAAUUACGUUAAUGUAUCCUUUUGUUGCACACGUCAUAGUUUACAUCCUUGUAUUUAAAACAAUGCAAUUAUUAAUUGAACAUUGAACACUGCUUAAACUGAAACUUGAUCCAUUUGGUUGGUUCUAAAGGAAUUUGUGUGUAUUUGGCAGCAACUAAAACAUUUAUUUUUUACUUUUUACAGACGUUAUUUGUUGUUAUCAAUUAUACGUUUCCAUUGAAAUAUUUAUAUUUGUGUUUUCCCACACGGUAUGCUCAAAGUUUACUAAAUAAAAGGUGUAUCCCUCGGGGACUGGAGUCUGUGA